AUGAGAAGAAAUAUUUUGUGUAUAAAUGAAAAAAUAUGUAAUUUGCUUAAAAGUAGGAAAUUAAAAAAUGAUAUAUCCUAUAAUUUAAAAAAUAAUUUUUCAUCCUAUUCGAAUAAAAAUACUAAUAUAAAAACAUAUAUAUUAUGGAAAAAUAAAAAUGAAAAGGAAUUUUUAAAUAAUUACAAUUUUCUUUUAUUCAUGUCUUUAAUGUGUGCAACAGCAUUUUUAAAUAAAAAAUUUAAAGGUAUGAGAAAUAACUUGGUUACUUGUACUAAUUUAGAAAAAGUAUUCUUAAUAAAAAAAGAUGAAAUAAAAGAUGGGGAAAUGAAAGAAGUAAAAGUUCGUAAUGAAAAAGAUUGUGUAUUAUUAGUGAAUGUUAAUAAUAAUUAUUACUGUUUAGGUCCCAAAUGCCCACAUUAUAGUGCACCAUUAAAGACAGGUGUAUUAACAAGUCAGUACAUUACCUGUCCUUGGCAUGAUGCAAAAUUUGAUAUAAAAACAGGAGAAUGUAUUAAUGGACCUUCUUUUGAUGAUAUUCCUAAGUAUGAAGUUGUUGUUGAAGAUGAUAAAAUUUAUGCAUAUUUACCAGAAAAAUUAGAAAUAUUUAAAGAAAAAAAAAUAUGUUCAUGUAAAGAUACAUGUGAAAAAAAAUCAAUUUUGAUUAUAGGGGGAGGUGCAGCAACUUUAGGUGCAUUAGAAACAUUUUUGAAAUUGGGAUAUAAUGGAAAAUUGAUUAUAUGUAGUAAGGAUUCUUAUAAACCAUAUGAUAGACCAACUUUAUCAAAAAAUUUAUCAAAUUACAGCAAAGGUUCGGAAUUAUAUGAAGAAAUAAAAUUAAAAGAAGAUGAAUAUUAUAAUAAAGAAAAUAUUAGCUAUAUGAAUGAUGUGUGUGUAACAAAAGUUGAUGAAGAAAAUAAAAAAGCAUUUUUAAGUAAUGGAAAAGUAAUAAAUUAUGAUAAAAUUCUUAUAACCAGUGGUGUAGGUCCAUGCCCAUCACCAAUAAAGGAUGUAGAAUCGAAUAACUUACUUACUUUACAUAAUUUAAAUGAUAAUGUGAAAAUUUCAGGAUUUGCAAAAGAAGGAACUAAAUGCGUUAUUAUUGGUUCUUCUUUUAUAGCAUGUGAACUUUCUUCAGCUUUAAAAAAAAAAAAUGUUAAUGUAUCUGUAGUUUCAAAAGAUUCAGUUCCGUUUUACGGAACAUUUGGAGAAAAAAUAGGGAGAAUUGUGCUUGAUAUUUUAAAAGAUAAGAAUAUAAAGUUUUACUCCCAAAUGUAUCCAACCGAGUAUAUAAUUGAUAAAGGAUUUAUGAAAAUAAAAAAUGGAAAAUCAAUUCAUGGUGUCCGAUUAAAUAAUGGUGAAGUUAUUAGUUGUGAUUAUGUUAUUGAAGCUUUAGGGUGCAAACCAAAUUCUGAAUUUUUAGAUGAAAAAUUUAAAGACAAUAAUAAUUUUAUUGUUGUAGAUAAACACUUUAAAGUUAAAAAUUCAAAUGAUAUGUAUGCAGCAGGAGAUGUAUGCGUUUUUCCAUAUUUUGUUACAAAUGAUUUAGUAAAUAUAUGCCAUUGGAAUGUUGCAAUACAGCAGGGGAGAAUAGCAGCCCAUAAUAUGCUUAGUGCAGAAAAAAAAGAGUUUAAUUUUAUGCCUUUUUUUAAUACUAAUAUUUUUGGUAAAAAUUUCCGAUAUUGUGGGUAUGUAAAAAAUUAUGAUAAAAUAAUAUAUGAAGGUGAUUUAAAUAAAUAUAACUUUGUUGGAUAUUUUGUGAAAAAUGAUAAAGUUAUGUCUAUUUUAACUCUUGGUAAUAAUAAAAUGGCAGCUUUGAAUGAGUGUUUAACUAGAAACAUGAUACCAAAAGUUUAUGAACUAGAAGGAGGUUUAAAAAAUAGUGAUAGUAUGAUUGCUUCUCUUAAAAUGUAA